AUGUUUUUCAUUUUAGGGGCUAUUAUUCUUACGCCCGUUGUGAUUUACACUAUUACACGCUUUAAUAGGACAGGUGUAGACAAUGAGACUAUUGAUAUUUUCAAAAGACAUACCAAAGUGAAUGUAGAUGAUAUUAAUGGACUAAUGCUUUUAUUGGACGUUUUACUAAAAAACAUCAAGAUUUUUAACAAUUUAUUAUCCAGUAAAGAAAUUAAUAAUUUAAAUAGUUUUAUUAAAACAAUUAAAAAAGUUUUACAAAAUAAUUAUAAAGAUGAUAAAGAAUAUCAGUCAAGAUUUCUUGUUUAUUAUUUUUCAAAAAUAGGGGCUUUAUAUUCUUCCAGAUUUCCAGAAAUUAAAAGAUGGUGUAUCGAAAUUACAAAAUCAAAUCCUUCUUUUGCCAAAGAAUUUAAUAAAGUAGCAAGUAACAAUACUACUAAUUUAGAGCUUUGUAUUGUUAGCCUAUUGAUCGCAUUUGACGAGAAAAAUAAAAAUAUUUAG